CGCCCUCGCUGCAGCCGGGAGGAGUCGGCGGCCCGUGCACCGCAGGCCCCGCCCGCCCACGGCCCUUCCCGGGAGGCCGGGAGACCUGCUCCGCCCGGCCCUCGGUGGGUGAGUGCGAGCGGCGGGUGGGGCCUCCGCGGGCGGAGGCACCGGGAACGGGGGCGACGCCUGUCAUCGCUCUAGGCCCAGCGGGAGGACGCGCCAACAUCCCCGCUGCUGUGCUGGGCCCGGGGCGUGCCCGCCGCUGCUCCCACCUCUGGGCCCGGCUGAGGCCGCCCUGGGGCCCUCUUCCUCGGCAUUGCGGGGCCUGGUGGGCAGAGCCGCGGAGGGGGCUUCUUUUCCCCGAGGGCAGCGUCUUGGGGCCCGGCCGCUGGCUGACCCGCAGCGGCUCCGGCCAUGCCUGGCUGGCCCUGGGGGCUGCUGCUGACGGCAGGCACGCUCUUCGCCGCCCUGAGCCCUGGGCCGCCGGCGCCCGCCGACCCCUGCCAGGAUGAGGGGGGCGCGCCCCGCAGCUGCGUGCCAGGCCUGGUGAACGCCGCCCUGGGCCGCGAGGUGCUGGCUUCCAGCACGUGCGGGCGGCCGGCCACUCGGGGCUGCGACGCCUCCGACCCGCGACGGGCACAUCCCCCCGCCCUCCUGACUUCCCCAGGGGGCACGGCCAGCCCUCUGUGCUGGCGCUCGGAGUCGCUGCCUCGGGCACCCCUCAAUGUGACUCUCACGGUGCCCCUGGGCAAGGCUUUUGAGCUGGUCUUCGUGAGCCUGCGCUUCUGCUCAGCUCCCCCAGCCUCCGUGGCCCUGCUCAAGUCUCAGGACCAUGGCCGCAGCUGGGCCCCGCUGGGCUUCUUCUCCUCCCACUGUGACCUGGACUAUGGCCGUCUGCCGGCCCCUGCCGACGGCCCAGCUGGCCCAGGGCCUGAGGCCCUGUGCUUCCCCGCACCCCAAGCCCAGCCUGAUGGCAGCGGCCUUCUGGCCUUCAGCAUGCAGGACAGCAGCCCCCCAGGCCUGGACCUGGACAGCAGCCCAGUGCUCCAAGACUGGGUGACUGCCACCGACGUCCGUGUAGUGCUCACAAGGCCUAGCGCGGCGGGUGACCCCAGGGACACGGAGGCCGUCGUCCCUUACUCCUACGCAGCCACCGACCUCCAGGUGGGUGGGCGCUGCAAGUGCAAUGGACAUGCCUCACGCUGCCUGCUGGACACACAGGGCCACCUGAUCUGCGACUGUCGGCACGGCACCGAGGGCCCUGACUGCGGACGCUGCAAGCCCUUCUACUGCGACAGGCCAUGGCAGCGGGCCACUGCCCGGGAAUCCCACGCCUGCCUCGCUUGCUCCUGCAACGGCCAUGCCCGCCGCUGCCGCUUCAACAUGGAGCUGUACCGACUGUCCGGCCGCCGCAGCGGGGGUGUCUGUCUCAACUGCCGGCACAACACCGCCGGCCGCCACUGCCACUACUGCCGGGAGGGCUUCUAUCGAGACCCUGGCCGUGCCCUGAGUGACCGUCGGGCUUGCAGGGCCUGCGACUGUCACCCCGUUGGUGCCGCUGGCAAGACCUGCAACCAGACCACAGGCCAGUGUCCCUGCAAGGAUGGUGUCACUGGCCUCACCUGCAACCGAUGCGCACCUGGCUUCCAGCAAAGCCGCUCCCCAGUGGCGCCCUGUGUUAAGACCCCUAUCCCUGGACCCACUGAGGACAGCAGCCCUGUGCAGCCCCAGGACUGUGACUCGCACUGCAAACCUGCCCGUGGCAGCUACCGCAUCAGCCUAAAGAAGUUCUGCAAGAAGGACUAUGGUAGGUGUCCUCAGGCCUCCAGCAGACCUUCCCACCUUCCUCCUCUCCCCACCUUCCCUCCUCCGCUAGCUUACCCUUGGAAUGCCUUGACCCUUGCUGGGCCCCAAGGCCCAUCCUCAUCCCUCAGGUCCUCUACGUGCAGCGGCCCCGCCCCUUCAGCCCCCACUGUCCUCCUGGUGUCCUCCCCGUGCCUCCCCCUACUGCGGGCAGGCCGCCGCCUCCUGACCCCGCCCCCUCUCGCUCUCCCCGCAGCGGUGCAGGUGGCGGUGGGCGCGCACGGCGAGGCACGCGGCGCGUGGACACGCUUCCCGGUGGCGGUGCUCGCCGUGUUCCGGAGCGGAGAGGAGCGCGCGCGGCGCGGGAGUAGCGCGCUGUGGGUGCCCGCCGGGGAUGCGGCCUGCGGCUGCCCGCGCCUGCUCCCCGGCCGCCGCUACCUCCUGCUGGGGGGCGGGCCUGGAGCCGCGGCUGGGGGCGCGGGGGGCCGGGGGCCUGGGCUCAUCGCCGCCCGCGGAAGCCUCGUGCUGCCCUGGAGGGAUGCGUGGACGCGGCGCCUGCGGAGGCUGCAGCGACGCGAGCGGCGGGGACGCUGCAACGCCGCCUGAGCCCGCCGGCUGGGCGGGG